UAAUAACUAUUAUUUACAAUAAUCAUAAAUUAUGAGAGCGACUUAUUCGUAUUAUUGCGAGGAGAGGCCAACCUAUGAAAAACGGACCGUCCUGAGUGAAAACGUUAAGAGCAGCAGUAAAAUACACAGCCUGCCAGAGAGUUGUAUGGUUUGGGCGUAGAGAUAAAAACUUAUUAAAGACGGAGAGGGAGAAAAGAAUAGCUAUCUCCGUAAGAAAGACAAGGACAUCACUUAAAAAUGGUGAAUCCGGAACAAGUGUCGGAGAUAGUACAGCACUUCUGUGGAGUCACGGCCUGCAACCCCGAGGAGGCCCAUUUCUUUCUCGAAAGCUGUAACUGGGAGUUGGAUUCUGCUAUCCAUUCUUUCUACGAGAACACUGGUAAUUCGCAACCCAGUUCUCCCCUUGAGGAGGCUCUGCCAGCUUCGAAUCCUGUACCUCCUGCCGCGCAGCUUGCGCCUGCGCCUUCCAGAGGCCCACCACCCAUGGCAGGAAAGGACAAGAAAUCAGCCAAGCCCACCGCACGCGGCGGCAUCAGGACGCUCUCCGAUCUUAAUCGCCCUUCUGGUUCUGAUAGCGAUGAUUCUGAUGAUCCCCAGGAGUAUUACGCUGGCGGCGAAAAGAGUGGCAUGCUUGUACAGGAUCCAUCGAAAGGAAGUAAUGACGUUGAUAGCAUUUUUGAUGGGGCUAGAAGGGUUGGAGCUACAGAAGUGCCUCCUGAUCAACUUCGACCAUCAUCGAGCUCAAGAGUCUUCAGCGGUGUUGGGAGGUUGCUUUCAGGAGAGACUGUCCCAAGUGCUCCCAGACCACCAGAGCCUAUUGUACACAACAUUACUUUUUGGAGGAAUGGAUUUACUGUUGGUGAUGGUCCUUUGCGGAGGCUUGAUGACCCUGAGAAUGGACCAUUCCUGGAGAGUAUUAAGAAAUCUGAAUGUCCUAAGGAGUUGGAGCCAGCAGAUAGGAGGGUUCCUGUACAUGUGAAUCUGAUAAGGAGAGAAGGAGACUGUCCUGUUCAAGAACAAGCUUAUACACCUUUUCAAGGUGUCGGCAGGACAUUGGGUGCUUCCAGCUCACCAGUCCCUGCACCCAGUAUACCUUCAAGAUCACAGCCAGAUAGCAGUCAGCCAUUGCGUGGUCUUACAGUAGAUGAUUCUAAGCCAUCCACAUCUAUUCAGCUUCGCUUGUCUGAUGGGACACGCAUGGUAGCUCGCUUCAAUUACCAUCACACAAUUGCUGAUAUUCGGGCAUUUAUUGAUGCUGCAAGGCCAGGAGGUAGCUCAACUUAUCAACUCCAAGCGAUGGGUUUUCCUCCAAAGCCAUUGAAUGAUCCAAUGCAGACAAUAGAACAAGCAGGGUUAAUCAAUUCAGUUGUGCUGCAAAAACUUUAGCUUUAUUGACAGGCUAAUGAUGACACAUCACUUAUAUGUUUUUAGGAAACCUGGAGUAAGAAUGGGACAAUGGUUUAGUAGGCCAUGGUUAUUGAAUCCUUUAAAUAGUAAGAGUUAUUGUAAAUGUUGGUGAAAUAUUUUUAUGCUGAUAUGUACACCAAUUUUGUCAUUUUCAAAUUUUAAGACGGUUGAACUGAUUUCUUCUUUUAUUAUAUUUAAUACUCAACUUCAAUA